GAUUCCAACACACAAAUCCAACCCAAACCAAACCGGUUCGAGGACGAAAACGGAGCUGAACUGAGCUGAGUCUUCAAGCUUCAAAGAACCAGAUCGGAGCUAAAUACACCGGAUUCGCGAGAAAGAAAAAGGAACGCGCACAUAAAGGAAGAACAAGAGCAAAUCGGACCAGAAACAACAACAACAAAGCAAAAAGAGAAAAGCAAAGUGGCCCGGCGUAUUCAGUACAAACCCACUCGCAUUCACAACACUCGAGCUCAUAUCAAGAAGAGGAUGUUAGCAGCAGAACAGGAAAACGCUCAGCUCAGAGAGGAACUGGUUAACCUCAAGGGAGAGAUGGAAAGAAUGGCACUUAUGAUGGAAACUAUGAUGGCUGAGAGAGAGCAAGCAGCAAUCUCCAAUUCAACUCCUGUUGUGGUCGUCACAGCUGCACCUGAGGGUCCCCCGCAACCAUCUCCGACUACUACUACAACUAUCGGCCUCACCCAGCCUCUGAUGACUGAUUGUUCUUCUGGUAAUAUGGAAACUAUGGGUAACUCAGGCUUCCGUCCUCUUGGCCCCCAGGGUCUCUUUUCUACUCCUCAGUAUUCCAUGCCUCCAGGCUACCCUUGGGGCAUGCCGCUUGCAGCUAAUGGGGUUUUUCGUCCAAGUGCUACUGAAAUGCCAUUCGCACAUGGUCAACAGACUUCACCUUUUUUUCAGAUGGGCCAGCUAUUUCCUCAGGCAGCUAUGACUCAAGCAGGACCCACUGUGCAUGUUGAGCCACAACAGGAAAAGCAGAUUUAUCAUUCUGACAGUGUGAUGGGGGACGACAAAGCAGUUAACUGGGAAGAGAGGUUCGGGGCUUUGGAAAAAGAGAUGAGUAACAUGCGUGGUAAAGAAGUAGUCGUCCAUAGUAUAUACGAUCUUUGCUUGGUACCAGAUGUGGAUAUACCCCCAAAAUUCAAGAUGCCUGUGUUUGAGAAAUACCAAGGGGACUCGUGUCCACAAAAUCAUCUAACCAUGUAUAUUACGAAGAUGAUAGCUUACAGGAACAACGUACCUUUGCUCAUUCAUUGCUUCCAGGACAGUUUGACCGGUCCUGCACAUACUUGGUUUAUGGGAUUGAAAGGCAUUACUACGUUUGAACAAUUGGCUGACGCUUUCAUGCAACAAUACAAAUACAACACGUAUCUGGCGCCUAGUCGCAAGGAGUUGCAGUCCUUGACCCAGAAGGACAAAGAAUCAUUCAAAGAGUAUGCACAACGCUUCAUCCAGAAGGCCUCCCAGAUUCGUCCGCCCUUGGAUGAAAGGGAAUUAUCCGAGAUGUUCUAUGAGACUCUGAGCCCUUGCUAUUCAGAGAAAAUGAUUGUUUGUGCAUCACAGAAAUUCACCGAACUGGUAGAGACGGGGAUACGUAUUGAGGAUUGGGCUCGUAAGGGAGCUGGUUCUUCAGGUGGUUCUGCAGGAAGUUCGUCUAAUGGUAACAAGAAGUUUGGUAAUGGUUACUCAAAAAGGAAUGCUCAAGAAGUCGGCAUGGUGGCCCAUGGAGGAUCUCAGCCUGUGUACCCUAGUCAUCCUUAUGUUGCUAACAUUACCCCACAAAUGACCGCUCCCCAGAACCCAAAUUAUCAACCACCAAGACCUCAAGGACCUUCACCAUACUAUCCACCACUAUAUCAACUACCAUACAACCCACAACAAUUCCCUCAACAACCAUAUUACCCCCAACAACCAUACCAACAAAGGCCACAAUACCCACCACAACAACAACCCCGUCCUCAAGCUCCCUACAAUCAGCAAAAUCAAAAACAACAAUUUGAUCCCAUACCAAUGACUUAUGGAGCAUUACUGCCUUCCUUGCUCGCGCAAAACCUAGUUCACACACUACCACCCCCUCACAUUCCAGAUCCUCUCCCACGCUGGUACCGUCCUGAACUUCAUUGUGUUUAUCAUCAAGGGGCAGCAGGUCACGAUGUGGAACGUUGUUAUGCCCUCAAGAAAGAGGUCCAAAAACUGCUCAAUAGCAAAGAGUUAACUUUCGCCGACCCUGAUCAUGUUGCCCAGAACAAUCCUCUGCCUCCCCAUGGGCCUGUUGUUAAUAUGAUUCAAGAUUGUCAGGAAGAUGCUUGCAUUCUCUACGCAUGUGACAUCAAGACCCCUUUGGUACCGAUACAUGUGAAAAUGUGUGAAGUAGCUCUCUUCAGUCAUGAUCACGAGGCUUGUGAGGUGUGUUCGGUGGAUCCUCGUGGUUGCAUGCAAGUCCAAAAUGAUGUGCAAGGUCUCCUAGAUAAAAAGGAACUUGUGGUUACAAAGGAAAUCAAGAGCAAAAGUGUUUGUGUUGUCACCCCAAUAUUCAGAGCUAGGAGGCCGCUUGUGAUAAACCCUAAUAGUGCAAAGCCCGCUGGCACUCCUCUGGUAAUCUGUGUCCCUAGGCCUGUACCUCCUUCCUCUCAGAAAGCCGUACCUUACAAAUAUGAAGGCACAAUUCUUGAACCCGGAAGUGAAACGACCUCACCAUCUGUUGUGGACAAUAUUGCCGAGAGUAGUCAGAUUUUGAGAAGCGGCCGCGUUCUUCCUGCUGUGGUUCAGAAAAGCACUAAUAUUCCGGUCGAAGAAACAGUAAAGGAGCGGAACACAGGUAAAGGUAGAGUUGGAGAGCAUCCCAAAGAAUUUGACUAUGAGGAUGCUGAUGAAAUCUUAAAGCUGAUCAAGAGGAGCGAGUACAGGGUUGUGGACCAGUUGUUACAAACCCCUGCAAAGAUUUCCAUUAUGUCUCUGUUAUCAAGCUCUGGUGCUCAUCGAGAUGCCCUGAAGAAAGUACUGGACCAGGCUUUUGUGGAUUAUGAUGUGACUUUGGGCCAGUUUGAAAGUAUUGUGGGGAAUGUGACCGCAUGUAACAGUCUGAGUUUCAGUGAUGAAGACCUCCCAGCGGAGGGGAAGAAGCACAAUCAGGCGUUACUCAUCUCUGUACUUUGCAGAACAGACUCCUUAUCCAAUGUUCUAAUAGACACUGGCUCUGCUCUUAAUGUGAUGCCCAAAUCAACCCUUGACCAAUUGACAUAUUCCGAGACUCUCUUCAGGCCUAGUAAGGUGACGGUGAGGGCAUUUGAUGGGACCAGAAGAUCAGUAUAUGGUGAGAUAGAUUUGCCCAUCUCAGUCGGCCCACAUGAGUUUCAGGUUACUUUUCAAGUCAUGGAGAUCCAGGCUUCUUUCAGCUGUUUGCUUGGCAGACCAUGGAUUCAUGACGCUGGGGUAGUGACAUCCACUCUCCACCAGAAGCUAAAAUUUGUAAGCCAUGGAAAGCUCAUCACUGUGAGUGGCGAGUCAGCCUUUUUGAUCAGCAAUUUGUCUGCUUUCUCUGUUAUUGGUGGUAGUAGUUCAGAUGGGUCAUCAUUCCAAGGUUUCUCUGCUGAAGAAAGUGUAGGUAAGAUUGAGACUUGUAUGGCUUCGUUGAAGGACGCACAGAGGGUAAUCCAGGAAGGCAAAACCGAAGGUUGGGGUCAGCUAGUGGAGUUACCAGAGAACAAGCGCAAGGAAGGGGUUGGUUUUCUUAACAGUAGGUCUGGGAAGUUUGACCCUACCGAAGGCUCUUUCCGCAGUGCCGGAUUCAUCCACGAUUCACCAGAGAUCAAUGCAAUUACCGAUGAUGCGCCUGGAGGAGUGGCACCUGUCUUUGUAACACCUGGAGGAGCAUGCUGCAACUGGAUUGCUGUGGACAUUCCUUCUGUGAUACCCCGAUCUAAACUGAACAUAAGCGAGCCCGUUGAACACAGUAACCCCAUGCUUCCUCCCAACUUUGAGGUCCCGGUUUACGAGGCUAUAGUAGAGGAGGAUGAGGAGAUUCCUGAUGAGAUCAGAUGGAUGUUGGAACAAGAAAGAAAGACAAUUCAACCUCAUCAAGAAGAGAUAGAAAUCAUCAAUCUGGGUACUGAGGAAGAUAAAAAAGAGAUCAAGAUUGGGGCAUUGUUAGAGGUAUCUGUCAAGAAGAGGAUAAUUGAGCUUCUCAGAGAGUAUAAUGAAAUAUUUGCAUGGUCAUACAAGGACAUGCCGGGUCUAGAUCCUGAUGUUGUGGAACACAGACUGCCUUUGAAGUCUGAGUGUCCUCCAAUUGAUGCAGGUUUCCUAGUCACAUCAGAGUAUCCUCAAUGGUUGGCCAACAUAGUGCCUGUUCCAAAGAAAGAUGGCAAAGUCAGAAUGUGUGUUGAUUAUCGGGACUUGAACAAGGCUAGUCCGAAGGAUAAUUUCCCUUUACCUCACAUUGAUGUAUUGGUUGAUAACACCGCUAAGUGCAAGGUUUUCUCCUUCAUGGACGGUUUCUCCGGCUACAAUCAGAUCAGGAUGGCUCCUGAGGAUAGAGAAAAGACGUCUUUCAUCACGCCCUGGGGUGCUUUCUGCUAUGUGAUGAUAUGA